AUGCCGCCCUACACAAAUAUCCAUUCCCACCGCGACUCCCUCGAGCUCGCUUCCCUCGCCUCUUCAUCACGCCCGGGGUCAGUCAUCUCUGACCUCCCCUCCUCGAGGCCGUCAUACUCGUCCUCCCGCAAACUCUCCUUCGAGGCCGAAGACCCUCUCGACGCCGCGAACCCCGCCGCCAGCUCCGGGAGGCCUAACCGCCAUGAUCGCUCCUACUCAGUCUCUUCCGGCUUCGACUUCGCUGCCAACCUCUUCCCACUGAGCUCCACCGCCGGCGCAGGAGCAGGCGGCUACGCCCCCAUCGGCGCCCCGACGUCGACAGCGAUACAAAAUGGUGGUGUUGGCGGCGGCAGCUUGGAGAAGCACAAGACUCUCACCUACCUCAACGGCCUGAGUCUCAUCAUCGGCCUCAUCAUUGGCAGCGGUAUCUUCUCGAGCCCCAGCCAGGUGAGCUCUAAGGUCGGAUCCCCAGGCGCCGCGCUCAUAGUGUGGGUGGUUGCAGGUGUGUUGGCAUGGACAGGCGCAGCGAGCUAUGCGGAGCUCGGCGGCGCGAUACCCUUGAACGGUGGUGCGCAAGUCUACCUUGCGAAGAUCCUCGGUGAAAUGGCUGGGUUCCUGUUCACCUGGGUUGCGGUUUUGGUGCUGAAGCCCGGUAGCGCAGCUAUCAUCUCCAUCAUCAUGGGAGAGUACCUGGUCAGGGCGGCGAUAGGGGCCGAGGCGGAGAACCUCAACCCCUGGGUGAACAAGGCGGUCGCUAUGGUCGGACUAAUCGUAGUCACAUUGAUGAACUGCGUGUCGACGAAGCUGGGCACAAAGGUGAACGACUGGCUCAUGUUCUUGAAGUUCAUCGUUCUGCUGGGCGUUACAGUCACGGGAAUUGUAGUCGCCAUCACAGGGAAGACGGUGACAGGCAAGGCCAGCUUGGAGUGGAAGUCGCACGAAUGGUUCUCCGACACAUCGACGGAUCUGUCAAACUGGGCGGUGGCCCUCUAUGCCGGCCUUUGGGCUUACGACGGCUGGGAUAACACAAACUACGUUGUUGGCGAAUUCCGCAAUCCGACUCGCGACCUCCCCCGCGUGAUCCACACGGCCAUGCCCCUCGUAAUCCUCUCCUACGUUCUCGCCAACAUCGCGUACUUCCUCGUUCUUCCUCUUGCUGCCGUCAACGCCUCCAACACCGUUGCUGUGCAGUUCGGCGCAAAGGUCUUUGGCCCCGUCGGUUCGCUCGUGCUCGCCCUCAUCGUUUCGGCGUCUUGCUUCGGCGCGCUCAACUCCUCUACUUUCACUUCCUCCCGCCUCGUCUACGUCGCCGGCAAGGAGGGUUACAUCCCUUCGCUAUUCGGCCGCAUCGGUCUCUCCUCGUCGGACUCGCACUCCAUCACAACCUCGCGCACCUCUCGCGGUCGCGUUGCGAACAUGCUCAUCCGGGUUCUCGGCGACGACGAAGUCGGCCUCUUCUUCACGCCUGUGUGGGCCCUUAUUCUCAACGGCGUACUGACGGCGGCGUACAUCGUCGUCGGCGAGUUCGGCACCCUUUUGACAUUUUAUGGAGUGGCGGGCUACACGUUUUACUUCAUUACUGUGCUGGGCUUGAUCAUCCUCCGUGUACGCGAGCCGCAGCUCGACCGGCCCUACCGCACAUGGAUCACGACGCCAAUCAUUUUCUGCUGCGUCUCGCUCUUCCUGCUCAGCCGCGCCGUCUUCGCACAGCCGCUUCAGACGGUGACGGUCGUGCUCUUCGUCGUCGCCGGCGUACCUGUGUACUUCUGGCGCAUCCGCGGGCGUGACCAGCAGGUCAUCAAGCGCGAGACGAGACACGCAGGACACGACGACAGGCCUUGGUGGCAAUUCUGGAAGCGGUCAUGA